UCUCACAUCUUGCACAUUUCCCCACUUUAUUUUCUACCAAGCUCAAUUCAUGUCUGAAUUGUGGGCACCAGGUUUGUUGAAUAUACCAAAUAUGAAAGAAAUGAUCACCACAGAUAAAUAUACAGACAAAAGUAAGCACUUGAAGAGCACACAAAUACAGCCUCUUGUCCACAUCUUGAAAAACACAAGUGGAGUAUGUUUUAGAUGCAGAACAAAACCUUUAACACUUUUGUUUUGAAAAACAAUGCACACUAACAGUUUAUAAUGUUCAAUGGCUUCACAAAACAGACUUCUUACGAUGGGUAUGUAGUGAUAGGACAAGGGGUUAUGGCUUUAUUCUGAAGGAGGGUAGGUUUAGAUCAGAUAUAAGGAAGAAGUUGUGUGCUACGAGGGUGGUGAGGCAGUGGCACAGCCGCCCAGAGAGCUGUGGAGCCCCAUCCCUCGAGGUUCUCAUGGCCAGGCUGGGUGGGCUCUGGGCAGCUGAGCUGGUGGGGAACUGCCCUGCCCACGGCAGGGGGGUGGCACAGGGUGGGCUUUGAGGUCCUUUCCAACCCAAACCAUUCCCCUGUCCUAACGUCUUACAGACAAGGAAAGAGUUCUAGACAUCACCCAGAACGUCACGCACAGGAACACCAUCUGCCUACAAUAAUUACCCUGAGAGAGGAAAGCCUGAGGGCAGCCCCUGAUGCUGACAGACCCCUCGGGACAUGGGGCAGAGGCAGGCGGUGCAGCGCGGAUCCAGGCGAGCUGGGGCCGUACCACGGCCCGACACCCAGCCCUGCGGGGCUGCAGCACCGAACAGAGCCGGGGGCGGGGGCUGCGGGCGGGCACCUCCCAGACAGGACCGCGGUCCUGACGGCGUUUCCGGGCGGGGGAGCCGGGAUGUGCGUCCGGGUUGGGUCGGCCCCAGCGAGCGGUUUCCUCUCGCCUCCCUUCCUCCGCCGCCUCCCUCCAUCCCUCCCUCCCUCGCCGUCUCCGAGGCGGAGCCGCCGCCGCGCCAGGAGUCGGAUUGAUAGAUUGGUGAAUAAGCCAGAGAGUCACCUGAGCUGCAGAGAUGUUGGAAGAGGACAUGGAGGUGGCCAUCAAGGUGGUAGUGGUAGGAAAUGGAGCUGUUGGGAAGUCCAGUAUGAUUCAGCGAUACUGCAAGGGGAUCUUUACAAAAGACUACAAGAAAACUAUUGGUGUAGAUUUCCUGGAAAGACAAAUCCAAGUUAAUGAUGAAGAUGUCAGGCUAAUGUUAUGGGACACUGCAGGUCAAGAGGAAUUUGAUGCGAUAACUAAGGCCUACUACAGAGGAGCCCAGGCCUGUGUUCUUGUGUUUUCUACAACUGACAGAGAGUCCUUCAAAGCAAUCCCUACCUGGAAGGAAAAAGUGAUGACUGAAGUUGGAGACAUUCCCACAGUUCUUGUGCAAAAUAAGAUUGAUCUUCUGGAUGACUCCUGUAUAAAGAAUGAAGAGGCAGAAGCAUUGGCAAAAAAGCUAAAGUUAAGGUUCUACCGAGCAUCUGUGAAGGAGGACCUCAAUGUAACUGAAGUUUUUAAGUAUUUGGCUGAUAAAUAUCUUCAAAGGCUCAAGCAGCAAACAGCUGAAGAACCAGAACUAGUACAUACAAGCAGUAACAAGAUUGGUGUUUUCAAUACAGCCAUUGGGAGUCACCCCAACCAGAAUUCUGACGCUCUUAACGGUGGAGAUGUUGUCAACCUCAGACCAAACAAACAGAGAACCAAGAAAAGCAGAAGUCUUUUUAGCAACUGCAGCAUACCUUAGGCUGCUUUCCGAGGGAAAAGAGAAGAGUAACCGUGAAUUGGAUCAAGUUGUGCAAUUGAAUACAGAGUAAAGCUUUAGAGGUAUUUUACCAGUGCUUUAGCAAAUCUUGUGCCUAUGGGAUCCUUGCUUGGUGGAUUUAUCUAAAAUUGCUGAUGCAGUGUUUUUUGGUGUAUAGAGUGAGACACCUGGUGGCAGCCACGGUUCUGUGUUUUGCCCCGUGCACUUUUUAACAAUUAUUAAGCAAACUUCUCCAUUUUGAAGGAAUUAUUUAUAGAGCUAUGAACUAGGUUUUGCAGAAUUGAGAAGCACAUUUAAUGUAAAGAUAACACGCACAGAGGUACAGACCAUAACAGUAUGGCCCAAGAUAAGGUAGCAACCUCAUAACUAAAUUUCAAAAGAAAUGUUAGCAUUGGUUAGCCAGGACACUAAGAAGUUAGCAGAAGAGCAAUGUGAAGACAUCACAUUUUAUGCCUUUCUCUGUUAGUGUGGAUUCUGGUGGUUCUGUCAGUUCAGUAUACUCCUGUUAUAUGUAUGUCUGUGCAGGUAUGUAUGUGAAUGUUGGGUAUGAAUAGUUUUGCUAAAUUCAGGUGUAUUCAAUAUGUGGAGGUCAGCUACUGAUGAUGAAAUAGCAUCUUCACAAGAAUUCUUCCUUUUAAGAUGUUACCUUUCAGAUGAGGCUUUCCCAGCUGCUGCUGUGUGUGUUGAACUUGCUAUACUUGGGCCUGAACGCUUAGAUUUAAAAAUGGACAGUGCCAAAAAUGCUCCUUCUUUUUACCUAAUGCUGCAUUGCAGAUGUUUUCGUAAGUUUGGCUUUCCUCAGUCUUAACAGUUUGAUCAAAUAAGUGUUUGACACUAAUAGAUAUCCAGAUGGAACAGUCAUAUUCCUGUCCAAGUGUGAUUGCUGUAUCCUGUAUCAUCCGUGAAAAAGGAACUUGCAGGGUGUCACAAAAGACUUAUCUUCUUUGGAGAAAUUUCUCGUAGUCCUGCAAGCCAGGUUACAGAGGAUCCAAAACACACAGCUAAUAACUGAUUUACAGUAAUGAGACAUUCCUUAACGUUGUUGCUGCUACUUACAGAGAAUCUAAUUCUGCAAGAUCGGAGACAUGGCAAAACAAUUUUCAAAGUACGUAAGUAAUUUUAUAGAACUGACUUAGACAUUUAGGAAUCCAAAUCUAAAUUGAAGAUAUUUGGGUUUAGGUUCCUAAAUCACGACGGUGCUUUUAAAAGUGCUAAGCAAGAUAUCUCUUAAUUACCAAAAAUAAACACUUUUUAAUCCUCUACAAGAGCAUGCAUGCCUUUUAGAUAUACCCAUUUUGUUUACAUGGUUUUGUAUUAUAUAAUUUUAACUUUCUAGGAUUUCUAUAUAAAACCUGCCAGUGACAAAUGCAAAAUAUGCUGCUUGAAAAAAAUCAGAAUUUUAAUAGUUUUUUAAACAGUGUAUGAGAGUGAGAAUGACUCGACUGAUCCUGUAUAUUUUUGGAGGAAGGACUUUUCACUGUGUGAAUUCAUUUAGGAAGCUUGACUUAUUUUAUUUUGAAGUCAACGAGUAUGAGAACUGCAGUGUACUCUUGUCCCACUGUCCGCAGGGAAAGAAGUGGGUGGCAAGUUGUGCACAAACACUAUAGAUUUCUGAACGCUGUAUUUGAUGUUUACUCUAUUAGACUCUCUACCGAGUACCUUUUGUCUCUGGCAAGCUGCCUCAGCAUCUCCAGUUGCUGGCAAGAAGGCGGUCCUGUAGGCGCUCGGUAGCCUUGCUGUUGCAGCAAAAUGUGUUCUUCACCAGAAUGUUUCCUGUAUUCACUCUUGGAUAGAUGCCUUUAUUUUUAACAAGUGCAUUUAAUCACUGUACGUAUGUAUAAAUGGAGUCAAGUCCUACUUGUCAUAAUGUUUUAAGUAAGGUACUUAAGGUAUGGAAACAAAAAGACCUAUGAUUGUACAUAAUGGGGCCGUCUUACAACUUCAGGAUGUAGGGUAGAAGGUGUGCAUUAAGAAUUUUGUCAACUGUUUUUAAUAUGGAAAC